CCAACCCAACACCGACACCGGCAAGGACAAAGACUGCGUCGACCACUUCACAUGAGCCGCAGAGCUAACAAUGUCCGCGGGCCAACGUCCGCGCUGACGGACUUCCUACGGGAGUCGGGCAUUACCCCGACGACGAUAGCUCGCCGGACAAGGACUCGGAACCAAGCUGAGAACCCAGACCAGCCCGAAGCGGGGCCUAGCACAGCGGGACAGGACCAGGACCAACCCGCUAACGGGAACCGGGAGGAGCGCGGGGCAGCCGAGAACGGAGACGAUUACGACUCUGACAACCUAGACGAACCGGAGGAAGAGGAGACACCCGCGCCGAAGAAGCGCAAGCUGUCCAAGGCCGCGGAGGCAAAGCUCAAGGCUAAGGAGAAAGCCAAGGCCAAGAAGAAGACAAAGAAAAGGGGCGACGAUGACGACGAUGACUACGAGGACUCGGAUGACGACCCGUACAACGCGCUCUCAAAGAUGUGGAAGGGCGACCUGCCGAAGCCGCCCAUCGGGAGCUUCGAGAAGUGCGCCAAGUGCAAGACGCAGUUCACAGUGACGAAGUAUACGCUUGCAGCGAACCCCCCACCGGGAUGGCUCUGCCAUCCGUGCGCGAAAUCCGGCGGCUCGGACCCGUUCAAAAAGCCAGCAGCACCGAGGAAACGCAAAGCACCUACCGAUAAGCGUGUGGUGGUCUACUUCGAGGAGAAGAAGUUCCCGAGUCUGGUAUCGCUAUGCAUAGAUCUCCUUGGUAAUUACAUCGACGACGUCGAAGCCCUAGGCGAUAUCGGCAAUCUCAAUUUGGACGAAAUUGCGAAGACAAUCUCGAAGAGCCGGCGCAUCACGGCGCAGAACGCGCCAUUGUUCUAUGACGUUGAGAACACCCGUUUGACCUUGUACGACGUCACCAACUUAGAGGCCCCUGCGCUCUGUGCAUUGGCCAAUCUCAAUCCUAAUAUGACACAUCUGCGCCUGGACUUCUGCGGACGCAUCGACAACGAAGUGCUGCGUCACUGGAAGACUGCGCUACCGAACCUCAAGCGUCUCGAGCUUCUCGGUCCUUUCCUCGUGAGGGCCCCUGUAUGGCAAGAGUUCUUUCGAGCCCACCCAUCACUAGAAGGCUUCCUCAUCACACAGAGCCCACGCUUCGACCUGGAAUGCAUGCGCGCCCUCGUCUCGAGCUGCAAGAAUCUCAAGGAACUGCGUCUCUCCGAGAUCGGUCUCAUGGACGACGAGCUCCUCGACUUGUUGAAGCCCCUCGCCGGCACACUCACCUCGCUCGAGAUCUCCCGGCCCGGCUCAGCGGCCAGGCCCGAUCCACUGAGCGAAGAGGCCCUCAUUGACCUCAUCGCCGCCGUCGGGGGCUCGCUCACGCACCUCAACCUCUCUCAUAACGGCGACAUCACGGAUCAGUUCCUCUUCAAGGGCCUCAAGCCGCACACGCGCAAGCUCACCUCGCUCAAGCUCGCCGGCACGCCCGAGCUAACGAAUGCCGGUGUCGCGGAGUUCUUCAAUACCUGGGUUGCGACCGCGCAGACGGCGGGCAAGACGCCGAACCCACCGCUCGAGGUGCUCGACAUGGAUCGGGACCACCAGCUCGGCGCGGACGCGCUGUUUGCGCUGCUAGAGCACUCGGGGCCGGCGCUGAAGCAUCUGCGCAUCAACCAGUGGACCGCAGCGUCGCAGGAGUCGUUGCAGACGAUCGCAGCACGUGCGCCGAAUUUGCAGACACUUGAUGUUGGAUUUUGCAGGGAGGUGGAUGACUGGGUCAUCAAGAGCUUGUUGGAGAGUUGUCAGUCGCUCAAGGAGGUGAAGGUGUGGGGAUGCCAGAGGUUGACUGUGGACUGUCCUCGUAAGCGAGACGUCAACAUCAUUGGCGUCGAGGCUGGUCAGCUUGUCUCGUAACGACGACCGCAUCUAGUGGCGCUGAAUCUGACUUGUAAUUAUCCUCUUCGCUCUGUCAUGUCGGUCGUAUUGCUGUGGUUGUGAUAUAUCUAAUUUGUAUCAGCUCAGAAUAUGCAUCUACUGUACGUGGUGCUCUAAGAGAGUAGACGGCGACCCGUGGUCGAGGAUCACGAGGCAGCGAUACUCAUCUACUCAUCGCAGAUUGCAGAACGGGAGAUUGACAGACUAGAUCCGUGCCCCACAACGACAGAUACAUAUACGACGAGCGGGCGGGAAGCGCAGGGGUGCGAGUAGAUGCUCGUGCGCGAGCCAUGGAACCAUUUGGGCUCCAAGGUGCAUGGGUGCUGAGAAGGGGGUGGCGGAUGGAUGUCAAGGAACGCGUUGAUCACACGCACCAGCCACCGCAGUCGUUGCCGGCGGGAAUGCGUUGAGGAGGCGAGCACAUUGGUGGCGAUGUUCCUG